AUCGAACGAGUUCAUGUGAUGGCAGUUGCUUCCGCUCAUAUGUAGUGUCGUGUGUCGUCUCUCCUAAAUUCAUUCCAAAAUGUCAGCUACAAUCGAAAAAUUAUUUCAUAAAGACAGACUAAAUGGGAGCAUUUUUCAACUUUUGUUGCUCAUUUUCUAUGCUCCCAUUGGCCUGAUGCUGGUGCUGCUGCGUUGCUUCAUUUUUUUGCAGCUCAUCUGUGCUGUUGCAAUUCUACCACACAAUAGAUACGUCACACGGAUGGUACUGAGAGUCCUGUGCUCUUCCCUUGGGCUGGUGGUGUGGCAAAGUGACUCAGAUAACAAGUCCCUCACCAUGUGCAAGUUUUACCAGAAUGAACAGAAGCAAGGUUCAAAGGACAGAGCUGUGCUGCUUGCAAACCAUAUAUCUGUUUUUGAUCAUUUUGCUCUAUCACUUGUGCUGCCUUGUGUCAAGAUUGAAGGCAAUGGCGAGAGUUUGCCCAGAAUUGUAAGCAACUUGCUGGGAUGUAUGAUCAUGACGCUGGGGUCAGGUGAUCAAGUGGAUGCCAGCAGCAGUAGUGGAUCAACAUUAAAUGACUCGUGGGUUCAACCCUUGAAACAAUUUGUUACAGGCAAUAGAGAUGGAUCUUUACCUCAGACUAAUAACAUCGUGAGUCCAAAUGCUCUACAAGAUGAUCCUGCUUCAGAACUUCGACAUCGAACUGUUGCGUCUACAGAAUCAAGUGAAGCAGGCACCAACUCAACCAAUUCCAGUAGUCAAGUGCCUGGUGGAAGCUCUGCUUCAGCCAACACAGAAAGUGAUGACCAAGCAUCGUCUUCACAUGAUCAUGAGUUUAAUGGAUGGCCUCUGCUCCUCUUUCCUGAGAGUUCAACCACCAACGGAGAUGUUGCUCUAAUGCAGUACGAGAGCUGGGCAAGCAAAGUGAGCCCCCGGUCCACAGUCUUGGUGGGCAUCUCAGCCAGACGCUUGCCACCGCUGCCUCUCACCCUCUCCGUGGCGAACCCUUCUUUUCUUCAAGACGUCUUCUCUCUCUUUUUCUGCCCACUCACCAUCUAUUCCAUCAAGUUUAUUGAAGAGGUUCAUCAGGAACCGGCUGAGGCCGACGAGGCGCUCUGCAAGCGCUACCAGACCUCCACCGCCGCCGCACUCGGGCUCGAGGCAUCAGCUUAUUCUGUCAAGGAUAAGGCGGAAUACGUGGCGAGGCUGGCAAGCGAGCGGAGGCACGCGAACGCACGAGCUGGGUUACGCGCCUCUCGGAAUAUAAGAGCAUCUUAUAUUGAUGCCAUCUCGGAUGUUGUUCCAGUGCGGACCCGCAACGUGGACAUGACCAUCACUAACUUCCUGGAAGGCUCCGUGCCGAACUACCAACCUGCGCCCAUAUCCUCCGCAUCGGGCGUUGGCGCUCCCCUUGCUUCAUCACUUGCUUCAUCGCCUGCUUCUUCCUCUGCUGUAUCCUCUCCUCAUGUUGCUGCCUCCUCUUCUGUAGUGAACGCCUCGCCUCCUCUCGUCCCUUCAGUAGAGAGUGGAAGCCUCAACGCCUCCCAAUUUUCUACGGCCACGUCCACUAUUAAUCUCAAUACAAAAGCUGAGACUUUUCCUAGAUCUGCGUGUGAAAGGAUGCUUUCUUUUAAUCAGAGAAAAGCUAUUUUACUUGAUAACGCUCUUAAAAAAUACAUAGAAAAUUUUGGUUUGAAUGGUGAAAGAGAUCCAUACCUGAAACUUAGUUAGGGAUUUAUGUUAAGGGUUGAUGUAGGCGACUUUAACGCAGAAUAAAAUUUUGAACUUAAGUAAUUGCUUUAACACAUAAUCUGGUUAUUCAUGCCUCAGUAUUUUGGGAGCAAUGGUAUCUAUGAAUCUU